GCAACCACAAUGCCUUUCUAUUUAAAAGACAUGGAAGAUAUGAAACAGUUGAAUGAGAAGGCAUAUGAUUGGAUGAAAGAACCUGAAAGGCCCCCAAAACAUUGGUGCAAGGCUUUCUUUAACACUGCACAGCAGUGUGACAUUCUAAUCAAUAACUUGUGCGAGAGUUUUAAUGGAUGGAUAAGAGACGCUAGGAGUAAGCCACCUCUGUCCAUGUUUGAAGAAAUCCGAGUGAAGCUAAUGACAAGGAUUCAGCUUAGAAGGGCAAAAAUGCAAGCUUACCAUGGCAACAUGUGCCCCAAAGCAAGGAAAACACUUGAAAAGAAUAAGUUGAAGGCCGCUACAGACUGUAUUUCUACCUUCAAUGGAGGUCACAAGCUGAAGUUGAGAACUUUGGUGGCUCUAAGAAUACUGUGGACCUGAAUCUAAGGACAUGCUCUUGUUGAAGGUGGGACUUGUCGGGAAUUCCUUGCAAACAUGCAGUCUCGUCUAUUUUCCAGAAGAGGGAGGACCCGGAUGAUUACGUUGCUGAAUGCUACCUCAAGAAGACCUAUAUGGCAAUAUACAGCAACCUCAUAAUGCCUGUUAAUGGUAUGGAUCUUUGGUUAAGAGGUGAAGGACCAGCAAUGUUACCUCCCCAAUAUACAAGACAGCCGGGCCGACCAAAAACUGUGAGGAUUAAAGACUCUUCAGAGAAAGCUCAGGGAUCUGGUACUAAACUAGGAAGAGUACAAAAAUCACUAAAGUGUGGCAAUUGUGGGGUCCUAGGUCACAAUAUGAAGACAUGCCAUCGGCAUCUGCCACCAAAGGAGAAAAGUUCUGCCCUUAAUAAAAGGAGGAAGC